CCGGGGCACCCAGCCAAGAGAGCCGCCCGUGAACAUUAAAACUCCCCCGGCGCGCCGCAAGCCAUGCCAUCAUCGUCAUCACGGACGCUGGAGUUGGCACUCAGUGGCCUUCUCCUCUCGAGCAGGAGAUAUGCUGCUGCUGCUGCUGCUUCGUCGUCGCCGUGCGCCCGCUGCCAAUGGCGUCGCACAUUUACCGCAAGUGCAGUGAGGGCCGCAAAGGCAGAGAAGCCCGCGUCGGGCGCCUCCAUGGACCCCAAGGCCACCGUCGCCGGAGCACCGAUCGAUGCGCCUCGAAGCUACGGAAAGCGAGUAGAAGGAGGGUUUACGCCGAAGCCACUGCCUCGACCAAUUGGCAUGGCGCUGCCUCCCUUACCGGGCGAGAAUACCGGCCUUGAUAGUCGCUCGCUGCAACAGCGCAAAGAGGACUUUGUCAACUAUGACAAGCAUCUGGCGAGACGCAAGGAGCUGACUGCCAAAAUAUCAAGACCGUAUUUCCGCGAUUGGGGCAACCUGCAAUACCACGAGGGCAAGUCCUUCAUCUCCCCGCCCCGUCUCUUCAAAGCCGAACUCUCUCUCUUCUUCCCCAACCUCUAUGGCCAAACAAUCCUCAAGAAAGAUGUAAACCCCCGCGACACCACCCCGCUUCUCUCCGGCAGAGCAUCUGUCGUAUCCAUCUUCAGCAGCCAGUGGGCAGAGCGACAGGUCGAAAGCUUUAUAUCAAAGGAGGCCAAUCCGCAGCUCCACGAAGCGAUCGAACGCAGUGGUGGUGAGGCACAGAUCGUGAGGAUCAACUACGAAGAUAACUCUGGCAAGGCUUUCCUUGUCAAGUUGUUUAUGGGGUCGCUGCGCAGAAGAUUUCCGGAGAGAGACUGGGACAAG